ACAGCAUGCCGCAAUCUAAGACAAGUCAUCAUUUUCCACCGCCACUACAACAGUAAACAGCCAAAAUGCCUGCCGUUCGAUCCGCAUACGACCCCAAGGACAUGCAGUUCCGCCAUCUCGGCCCUACAGGUCUCAAGGUCAGCGUGCUGUCUCUUGGAGGCUGGCUGACCUACGGCGGGACGCAAAAAGGCAGCAUUGUGAAGGAGUGCAUGCAGGCUGCCUGGGACCAUGGCAUCAACACAUUUGACACCGCCGAAGUCUACGCCAACGGAGAAUGCGAGCUGGAAAUGGGUAAGGCUCUGAAGGAGCUUGAUUGGCCCAGGGACGAAUACGUUCUUACCACCAAGGUCUUCUUUGGCACCGGACGCAAGGAACCGAACACUCGUGGCCUUAGCUGGAAGCACAUCGUCGAGGGCCUCAAGAGCUCCCUCCAGCGUCUUGACCAGCCAUACGUCGACGUCGUCUUCGCCCACCGCCCUGAUUAUGCGACGCCCAUGAAGGAGAUUGUUGAGGGAUUUACUCAGGUCAUCCGCAACCUCAACCUUGCCUACUACUGGGGCACCUCUGAAUGGAGUGCCAGUCAGAUCACCGAGGCCACACAAAUCGCCGAAAGGUACAACCUCAUCGCUCCCGUCGUUGAGCAGCCCCAAUACAAUGCGUUCCACCGCGAGCGAUUCGAGGUGGAGUAUGCGCCGCUCUUCGAGAAGUUCCAGUACGGCACAACCAUCUGGUCGCCUCUGGCGUCCGGCCUUCUGACUGGCAAGUACAACGAUGGUAUUCCUGAAGACUCGCGCUUCGCCACCAACAAGGACUUCUUUUCCGACACCGUCAAGAGCCUGCAAAGCGACGAGGGCAAAGCCAAGAUCGAGAAGGUCAGGAAACUCACAACGAUUGCCGAGCGCUUGGGCGGAAACGUGGCACAGUUGUCGCUGGCAUGGUGCCUCAAGAAUCCGAAUGUGAGCACCAUCAUCUUGGGCGCGACAAAGAUUGAGCAGAUCAACGACAACGUCAAGGCCGUCAAAUUGGCUGAAAAGAUCACUCCGGAAAUUCUCGAGGAGAUUCAUGCCAUUCUCGAUAAUGCGCCGGCGAAGCCCAACGCUUUCGGUCGUGUGCGGUAAUGCCUCCGAUCAUCGACGGAGGAGAGCGUAAUCGUACCCCGUUGCGAGGGAUAUCCAACUGUUAGCCAGCGUAGAAAAGCUCGAGUCAUCAUUCAAGCAGCUUGAGGCUGCAGAUUUGCGCUCUGAAGACGAUAAUGCAUUUUGUUAUCAACUAGACAAAAAGCGCAGCAACACUGUGCCUCCGAAUGUCCCAGUAAUGUGAAGGCACAGGCUUCUGGUGUGACUGAUUGAUUGUGAUAGUACUCUUUGAUCGCCAGCUUGUGUUAUUUUCACUUAUGCCACUUUCCUGUCAUACAUUUUACCAAUCUUAGUCGGCGGUCAGCAGCAAGCAAUUCCCGAUUCCCGAAACUUGAAAAAGUAUAAGAGAUGUACCAGUGAGCAAUAAGGGCACGUCGAGGCGCAGCAAGGGUCCGAUCUUGCAAGGGACAAUUGGAACUCUAACGAAACCUACGCAUCACCAACAGAGACAGACGUAUCUAAGUGUAUAGGUAUAUCAAA